UUACUGCAAGGGAAUGCCGGAAAUGUGAUUUAGGAAAAUUUCAAGAUGAAAUGUACGAAUUACAAUGUAAAAUGUGUGCUUCCGGCCAUUCCACAAGAGACUUGGGCGCGCAAAACGACUCUUUCUGUGAAUAUAAAUGUGGACCUGGUGAAAUCAUUUCUGACAAUGGAUGCAAGAAAUGUCCAAUAGAUACAUUUCAACCAAUGGAUCACCCUAAUUCAAGCACUGGGUGUCAGCCGUGUAUGAACAAUGACAUAUUUGAAACAGGAACAACAUUUACAGGUGUUUCUGAUAGCAACGACUGUACACCGUAUUGUCCGUCGGGUCAGUUGAUUAACGCUGUCUUUAACAACUGCAUACCGUGCCCUAUUGGGAUGUACAAAGACAACACAUUGGACAGAUUUUCGUCUGAAUGUACGCCAUGCCCAAACGGUUCAGCAACACAAAAUGUUGGAGCUUCCCAUGAUAGCCAAUGCGCUAGUCAUGAAGAACAAAAUAGCCUUGCUGUUAUCAUUGGUACUUCUGUCACUGGUGGAUUAUUACUGAUAGUGGUCGUGGCCUUCUUUAUUUACCGAAACAGGAACAAGAAGUUACCGGAAAAAGGACGUUCCGACAUGACUGAUGCUUCUAAUCCGAUGCACGUUUAUGAUAUAUUGCAUGACGGGGAAAAUAACAAACCGAAUAGUACUGACGAAUAUUACGUCAUACCUGCGGACGUAAACAUUUCAGUAACCGGAGAUGCUCAAACAAGUACUGGGACGUAUGCAAACGAAAGCAGUAUACAUGUUCAAAAUACUGAUACUACUUCUUCAGAAAAAGAUGUCUACACUCAACUAGACGUUGAUAGUUUGAAUGACAAAGACAAAGAUUAUCUUCGUCUGUACUCGCAUGAUUCCAUUGGGUAUCUGUUUCCAUUGCAACUCAGGAACAUAUCCGACAACGAAAACGAAGCAGGGCACAGUAGUACAUCAAUUUUGUAAUAAAGUGGAUUUCCAUAACUUUACAAAUUAAGACAAGUCUGUCAAAAUUGAUGGUGUGUUCCAUUUGAAAAUGAAGUUCAAUUUCAAGAUGUGUUGAAUGAUGAUCAUAAAAAAACAUUUAAACAUCGUCACACUAAUUACCCAUUAGUUAUAUAAAAUGCAUAAAAAACGUAUAAAUCACGAUUUUUAUAGACAUAUUUCAAUUUAUUAUCACUUAAUAGGUUUCAAUGAUUAAUUACUUACAUCCUGCUUAACUGCUAUAAAAAUGCAUAUGAAAAAUAAUAACAUUGUAGUAAAGUUUAUGAGAACUCUCAUUAAGAACUCUUGAUCUCUUUUGAUCCAUGAACAAUUUUUUAGAAGUUGUUAAUCAUUAAUGCUUAAUACCUGUGUCGUUUGAACGCUUUUUAAAUAUAUUCCACAGUACUAACUUACAACCAAAACAUUUGCUAGGGAAUAAACUACUUAUACAGCGGGUUAUU